AUGGGAAAGAAGGGUGGUACCUCAUGGUUGACCAUAGUGAAAAGAGCAUUCAGGUCUCCAAGUAAAGAGAACGAGAAAAAGAGUAGCAAAAGGAUAGAAGAACAUGACCAAAAAGAGGAAGAAAAGAAGAGAGAGAAAAGAAGAUGGCUUUUUAGAAAGUCCAGCACUAGCAAUGUUCCAGUUCAACAAUGUGAGGAAAAUAUUGCAAUAACAAACGCUACUACUGCACCCGUGAGUCCUACUUUGGAUGCUGAGAAAAGAUAUGCAAUUGCGGUGGCAGCAGCCAAAGCUGCAGCUGAAACAGUCCAAGCAGCGGCAGAGAUAGCUAGACUCACUAGACCAGCUUCCAGCUGCUUUGUUAGAGCUGAAGUCUGGGCUGCUAUUGUCAUCCAAACAGCCUUUAGAGGCUACCUAGCAAGGAGAGCUUUACGUGCACUGAAAGGGCUAGUGAAGCUACAAGCUUUAGUAAGAGGACAUAAUGUAAGAAAGCAAGCAAAGUUAACACUUCAAUGCAUGCAAGCUUUGGUUCGAGUACAAGAUCGAGUCCGUGACCACCGAGCAAGGCUUUCACAUGAAUGGAGCAGAAGGUCCAUGUUUUCUGAGACUAACAGCUUAUGGGAGUCUAGAUAUCUCCAAGACAUUCGUGAGAGAAAGUCCAUGUCUAGAGACGUAAGCUCUAUUUUAGACUACUGGGAUGAUCGGCCAUGCACAAACGAAGAGAUUGAAACCAUGGUGCAAAGUAAGAAGGAAGCUGCAUUAAAACGUGAAAAAGCCCUGGCUUAUGCUUUCUCUAGCCAGGUUGGUCUUGUCACUCCCUAUGUGUUUGUUACAAGGAACCCAUCAGCAGGGGAUGAAAAGGAACUAGAAGACAGAACAAGAUGGCUUGAUCGCUGGAUGGCAACCAAGCAAUGGGAGACAAGUAGCAGGGCAUCAAUAGACAGAAAAGACAAUAACAUAAAGACAGUGGAAAUGGACACAUCUAGACCAUUUUCCUAUUCUAGUACAACUCCAACUUCUCGAAGGUUAUAUGUCCAAAAUCACCCACAAAAACAACCCUCCAGACAUUCCAUUGCUUCUCCUCUCCAUAGAUCACACUCCAGUCUUUCCCUUCACCAGUCUCCAAUCACGCCCUCUCCUUGCAAACCCAGGCCCCUUCAAGUACGUUCUGCAAGCCCAAGGUGCCUAAAAGAAGAAAAGAAAUGCUACUCAGCAGCACAUACGCCAAGCUUGAGCUCAAGAUAUUGCAUAAACAAUGGAAUUGGUCGUUAUGGACUAGUGAAUGCAAGUGGGGGUGCUACAAUAUUGCCAAACUACAUGGCAGCAACUGAGUCAGCAAAGGCACGUGUUAGGUCACAGAGUGCACCGAGGCAGAGACCAUCAACACCAGAGAGAGAACGUGGUGGAUCAGUUGCGAAGAAACGUCUGUCAUUCCCAGUUCCUGACCAUGGCCCACAAGGAAAUAGUGUUGCCAAUAUUGGCUACAGUAGUAACAGUGGUUUCAGUCAAAAUUUGAGGAGUCCUAGCUUCAAGAGCGUGCAUGGUUGCCACUUUGGAAUGGGGGAGGAAUCCAAUUAUUUUUCAUGCUAUAAUGACAGCAUUGGUGGAGAAAUAUCUCCUUGUUCAACAACUGAUCUUAGGUGGUUAAAAUAA